AUGCUUCUUGUAAAUGCACCCUCUCUGAAUUGCUUUCUAAUUGAUUAUUUGGUUGAAAAACCUCAGAUAAGAUUUAGAAACAUUAAAGAGGGGGGUGAUGGCAAACGUAAUAAGCAACCUGACCCACCAGCAGAUUCAAAGGUUCUACCUUCCCCCACGGUUGGCAAGUCAAUAAGUGAGGUUGCCGAUGAGGCAGAUGGUGGCAGUGAUGAUGACGACGACAAUGGUGGAGGAGAAGAGAUAGUCAGAGAGCUUAGGGAGAUUAAAAGACAGAAUUUUAUCACUCAUUGCCUCCUUUCAGCCAUGAUUGUCCUUACCGUAGCGUGGCAGCUAUCCAAGAUUCCCAAAUAUAGUGUUAAAUCCUUUGGUAGUAUGCUCACAGGAAUGCUCAAAGGGCCUGUUGUAAAUGAUCAAAAUGGAGAGAAAAAGUCCUCUUCAAAGCAACAGCAGGUUGAUGGCCCUUCUCUCCCUCCCCUCAGAAUUGCAGAGCUGCCCCAUUUGGGCAGUAAUAAGGACUGAGGAUAUUCUAGGGUUUUUAUGUUUGAAACAAAUGCCAAGUGUGUAGUAGGUUCAUGGCAAAGUCUAGUAUGCACCCAACCAAUUUUACUGUAUCAACAGCACCCUGGAGAAACAUAAACUAUUAACAAGGACAAGCAUAAAGAAGCACGUGAUGCGAAAACAACUCUGAAUUUAUUAAAUUGGACAAAAUCACACUCCAAAAUACAAUACAUGAUAUAGAGGGGUGCUCACACUUGUACAUUUCCCCAUGCAUUUCUCUAAAUACAAGUAAUGAACAUAAUCUCCAAGUAUCAAUCCAAUCAUGAACAAAAAAAUAAAGAAAAAAAACUCUUCCAUCAAUUCAUCCUAUGGGAGUGAGUAAUGGAUAUAUCGAUCUACUUAAAUUGACCGAACUGAAUCAAAUCGAUUAGUCGCAUUUUGAACAGGUGUGUGAUAAUGAACGGAUGGUUCUGGAUUAAUUUUUUUUUAAUCCGCCUAGUUUUGAACGGAUGACGGAUUUGAGGUUGCUUUGACCGCAACCGAACCGCCAAACCACGAGCACCCCUAAUA